UCUGUGGAGGGGAGCGGCAGUGCGGCCUGUGACCAUGGCGCUGUUCCCGGCCUUUGCGGGCGUUAGUGAAGCUCCCGAUAGCGGGAGUUCUAGGAAAGAAUUAGACUGGCUGAGCAACCCAAGCUUUUGUGUUGGAACCAUACCAUCUCUGAGCCAACAAACUGAAGAGGCCACAGCCCUUGCUUCUGAAGGGUCACCACUGACAAGAAGUCCUCUGAAGUCAGAGUCUUCAGAUGAAAGUGACACUAACAAAAAGCUCAAACAAACAAGCAGGAAAAAGAAAAAAGAGAAAAAGAAGAAAAGGAAGCAUGAGCACCACAGGAAAACCAAGAGAAAACGUGGGCAAUCGAGUAACAGUGGAUCUGAGCUAGAUACUGAUUCUGAAAAGGACAAAUCUUCCAGAAGCAUUAGAGACAAUAAAAAGGAAACAGAGAAACCAAAUCAGGAAAACAACGCCGCUGCUGAUGCUGGACGUCGCUUUGUUUGGCUUGAGGACAUUCAGGCUCUGACAGGAGAAACCUUCAGAACAGAUAAGAAACCGGAUCCUGCAAACUGGGAGUAUAAGUCUCUCUACCGAGGAGAUAUAGCAAGAUACAAGAGGAAAGGAGACUCCUGCCUUGGCAUUAACCCUAAGAAGCAGUGUAUAUCUUGGGAGGGGGCUUCCAGAGAAAAGAAACAUUCGCACAAGCAUGUUGAACGCUAUUUUACGAAGAAGAACGUGGGAUUAAUGAACAUCGACGGAGUUGCCAUUAGCAGUAAAACCGAAGCGCCCUCAUCUGAGCCAAUCUCAUUUAUCCCAGUGAAGGGCUCGGAUGAUGUGCUUCCUCCUGUCACAACCUGGUUGAACCCUCUGGGGAUUUAUGACCCGUCCACCACACAGUGGUUGCAAGGACAGGGUCCUUCAGAGCAAGAAUCCAAGCAGCCAGACUCACAGCCAGACAGAGAGAAUGCACUGCUCAAGGCCAAGGUGGAGGAGUUUAACAGGAGGGUUCGGGAGAAUCCUCGGGAUAUUCAGCUGUGGAUGGCGUUUGUUGCUUUUCAGGACGAGGUCAUGAAAAGUCCUGGCCUGUAUGCCAUCGAGGAAGGAGAGCAGGAGAAGCGAAAGAGGUCCCUGAAGCUCCUUCUGGAGAAGAAGCUGGCCAUUCUGGAGCGGGCCAUUGAGAGCAACCAGAGCAGCGUGGACCUGAAGCUCGCCAAGCUGAAGCUCUGCACGGAGUUCUGGGAGCCCUCCACGCUGGUCAAAGAGUGGCAGAAACUCAUAUUUUUACAUCCCAACAACACAGCCCUUUGGCAGAAAUAUCUUUUAUUUUGCCAGAGCCAGUUUAGCACCUUCUCAAUAUCAAAAAUUCACAGUCUGUAUGGAAAAUGCUUGAGUACGUUGUCCGCUGUGAAGGACGGCAGCAUCUUAUCUCACCCUGAGUUGCCUGGCACCGAAGAGGCCAUGUUUGCGCUGUUUCUUCAGCAGUGCCACUUUCUGAGGCAGGCUGGUCACUCCGAGAAGGCUGUCUCUCUGUUCCAGGCCAUGAUCGACUUCACCUUCUUCAAACCCGACAGUGUGAAAGGUCUGCCUACGAGAGGACAGGUGGAAUUCUUUGAGCCCUUUUGGGACAGUGGAGAGCCCCGGGCAGGAGAGAAGGGUGCCCGGGGCUGGAGAGCGUGGAUGCACCAGCAGGAGCGGGGCGGCUGGGUGGUCAUCAAUCCAGAUGAUGAUGAUGAUGAACCAGAAGAUGAUGACCAGGAAAUAAGAGAUAAGACUCUGCCCAGGUGGCAGAUCUGGCUUGCUGCUGAGCGGUCCCGAGACCAGAGGCACUGGCGGCCGUGGCGCCCGGAUAAGACCAAGAAGCAAACCGAGGAAGACUGUGAGGAUCCAGAGAGACAGGUGUUGUUUGAUGAUAUUGGACAAUCUCUGAUCCGACUUUCCAGCGAAGAUCUUCAGUUUCGGCUGGUUGCGGCCUUCCUGCAAUUCUUGGGCGUGCCUUGUGGCUUCAGCCCUCCCGCCUCCUGCCUUUAUAUGGCCAUGGAUGAGAACAGCAUCUUCGAUAACGGACUUUAUGAUGAAAAGCCGUUGACUUUUCUCAACCUUUCCUUUUCCGGCGUCAGCAGUGUCGGCCGCAUGGACCACUUGGGCUGCCGGCGCUGGACCAGGGGUCACAGCCGAGAGGGCGAGGAGUUCAUCCGCAACAUCUUCCACCUCGUGAUGCCUUUGUUUUCAGGCAAGGAGAAGUCUCAGCUCUGCUUCUCCUGGUUACGAUACGAGAUUGCAAAGGUCAUCUGGUGUCUGCACACUAAAAACAAGAAGAGAUUAAAGUCACAAGGAAAGAACUGCAAAAAACUAGCCAAGAAUCUCCUUAAGGAGCCAGAAAACUGCAACAAUUUUUGCCUCUGGAAGCAGUAUGCACAUCUGGAGUGGUUGCUUGGCAACACGGAGGAUGCCAGAAAAGUUUUCGAUACAGCACUCAGCAUGGCAGGGAGCAAGGAACUGAAGGAUUGUGAACUCUGUGAACUCAGUCUGCUCUACGCUGAGCUGGAGGUGGAGCUGUUGCUGGACUUGAGUGGGGCCGCCACAAGCCGAGCUGUUCACAUAUUAACCAGGCUGACUGAGAGCGGUCCCUAUGGGCCCUACACCGGGCAGGUCUUGGCCGUUCACAUUUUGAAAGCUCGGAAAGCUUAUGAACACGCACUGCAGGACUGCUGGGGUGAGAGCUGCGUCUCUGGUCCAGCUCCCACCGACUCCUGUAACCGCCUGGUUAGCUUGGUCAGAUGCUUCAUGCUCUUCCAGUAUUUGACUGUGGGGAUCGACGCUGCUGUGCGGACAUAUGAGCAGGUAUCGGCAAAGCUGAAGGGCUCUGUUUCCCCAGAAGGCUCUGGCCUGGAGGACAGUGCUGGAACUCAGAGGCUGAGCAGUGCCCUUGAGGCCGUCACCCUGAUGCACACGAGCCUGCUCAGAUUCCACAUGAAGGUCAGUGUCUACCCCCUGGCUCCUCUGCGAGAGGCGCUCUCGGAGGCUUUAAAGUUGUAUCCGGGCAACCAGGUUCUUUGGAGGUCCUAUGUACAGAUUCAGAAUAAGUCCCACAGUGCCAGUAAGACCAGAAGAUUCUUCAAUGCAGUCACCAGGUCCACUAAACCCUUGGAGCCUUGGUUGUUUGCAAUUGAAGCCGAGAAAAUGCGGAAGAGACUAGUGGAAACUGUUCACAGGGUAGAUGGUAGAGAGGUCCACGCCACAAUUCCUGAGACCGGCUUGACACAUCGGAUCAAAGCCCUGUUUGAAAAUGCACUGCGGAGUGACUAUGGCAGCCAGUGCCCCCUACUGUGGAGGAUGUAUUUGCAUUUUUUGGUUUCCUUAGGAAAUAAAGAAAGAAGCAAAGGUGUGUUCUACAAAGCACUUCAGAAUUGUCCUUGGGCAAAGGUGUUGUACAUGGACGCUGUGGAGUACUUCCCUGACGAGAUGCAGGAGAUCCUGGACCUGAUGACUGAGAAGGAGCUCCGGGUGCGCCUGCCAGUGGAGGAGCUGGAGCUUCUGCUUGAGGACUAGAGACCAGGAGGGGAAUGGCCCACACCUCCGAGGCCACGUCGCCUGCCCUGUCGGAACCAGGAUGGGCAAGAGACCGGUGACGCAUGCGUGUGAGCAUGUCUAACAGACCUCUGCUUCUGAAGUUUCUUUCUUGAUAAUUUGUGUCUGGGUUAUCAGUAUCUCACCUCUUGCACAUUUUUUGAAUGUGCAAAUGAUACAAAAGCUAUUGUUUUACAUAUUAUAUACGUGAACAUGUGUAUAUAUGUACAUAGACAAGAAUCAUGCGAAGUGAUAACUAAAUCUAGUGUGCUUGGUGUGUGU